AUGCCCGAGACCGUGUCCCUGUGCUUCGCGACGCAGAACUGUAGCUGGGUUCUCAGUUCCUGGACGCAGUGCAACGCAACGUGUGGGGCUGGGGUCGAAGAGCUUCAGUGGACCUGUCCCACGGGCAGUGAAUCUGACUGUGGUGCAUUGCCAUCGACACACCGGAACUGCUACGCCACAUCCGGCUGUAUGUGGCUGGCAUCGAACUGGAGCACAUGCAGCAGCCAGUGCGGUUACGGCACGCGAGAGAGAACAGUGACGUGCUCCGGCAUGUCCGAGGAAGACUGUGGUCGAGCACGACCCGACGCGACAGAGGUCUGCCACGAGACUGCGGCGUGCAGCUGGGUGGAGGGAGAGUGGAGUUCCUGCUCUUCCAUGUGUGGCCAGGGUUUCCGUACCCGGAAUGUAUCGUGUUCUUCAGGUAUCCUUGCGGAUUGCGACUCGCAGCAGCCAGCGAUCCUGGAGUCGUGUUACAAUAUAUCCGGCUGUCAAUGGUCCGUGUCAUCGUGGUCAGCUUGCUCAAGCUCUUGUGGUACCGGCUAUGUCAACCGAACAGUCGCCUGCGAGAGUGGUGCAAAGGCG